AUGGCGACGUCAAGCGUCCGGGACUUUCAGAGUCGUCGUUGCGAAGAGCUGGUUUUGGUUCCAUUGAGCUUCUGUUCUGAUUCUUGGCCCGUGAAUCUCUUUCGUCUACUACUUGAAACGAAUAAAAGAUGGAUUCCCGGUUGUCGGACCUAUCGAAGUGGCCGCUGGAUUUCCUUUGGUGCACCGACCAAGACUGGGCAACGGAGAGCAUGCCGUCUGAUUCUGCCAUUGAAUCUGCUCUCAAAGUACCCUAGAGACGAUGAGCUGCUGAAGAUUCACGCGGAGUUCGUUCCAGUGAUGCUCAGCCACGAGGAGUUCUGGAAGAGGUACUUCAGGACAGUCGACGCCAUUGAACGCUACCCAGGAUGGACCUCCGACCAAAUGGAACGGCAGAUUAGGUCAGCGAGUCAAGCGUUGCAGUACGCUCUGAAAAAGCACAGCGUUCUGGACAGUGUCGUCAGCAGCGCGCCAAGUGCUUUCCUCCUGCGAAACCUGGCGAACGCCGUCCGUGACGCGGAACCGUACACAUCCGUGAAGGAGCUAGCGGACAGUAUUUAUUCUCCUUCUGGCGUGUUGUUCCGUGCGGUUGAGAAGGCCUUCAAAGGCUCUUCAUGGCUGCCUCUUGCUACCACACCAGAAACACCGCCUAUAGAAGCUUCCCUUUCGGAUUGCUCAAACGAGGACGCGGUUCGGAUUCUCUUCAAAUCAGGGGAAAUGGAUGCAUUCACCUGUGGCUGCUGGCGUGCCCUCACAAACUUCUCCCCCAACUCCAACCACUACUCUUCAUCCAACGGCUCUCACCUCUCCUCAUCCAACGGCUCUCAGCUCUCCUCAUCCAACGGCUCCCCAAGAAGCAACCACGGCUGCUGCUUCCAGGAAACCGACCUGGACCAGGACCGAAUCUCCCUCCCUCCCCUCCGCAACGGUCUCAGAAACGCAUCUGGACCGUUGAAAACGCCACCUGGAUCGUCAUCAACGGCGUGUGGUUCACCUGCUGGAUCGUUAGGAAAGCUGGUGCUGAAGUCCCUGCACGGCGCUCCUGUGGGGAGCCUGGCAGUGCGCCUGGCGGAGCUGAUGGCGGGGAUUGGGUCGCCUGAAGAAAUGGGUCGCCUAUGGCUUGAAGUGAUGCAAGAGGUUCGUGAUCGGUGGGAGGAGGGCAUCGCCAUCCCGCAUGUGUUUGCAGACAGGGAGGGGCCGGACGUGGGCGUGUGUGGCGUGCUGCAGCAGUGGCAGGUUCUCAACUGUGCCGUGGCCAGGAAGCGAUGGCGCAGGGCACGAGUUAGCAGCGACAUUCAGAGGCACCUGCAGCAGCAGCACCUGCACCAGCCAGACUGCUUCCCCUUCUUCUCGGAAACAGCUGGUGGGGAUUUCGGGCUGUUCGAGCCGACUUUAUGCAAGACGUGCGGGAGUUAUAACCUGUCAGAAGUGCUGCUGGAAAUACCGCUGGAAUCACCGCCAUGCGGGUCGCCCAGAGGCGGAUCGCCCAGGCGGUUUGCUGAGGAGAUCGGAUGUGUGUUGAGUGAUCAGAACGGCUCCUGCUCCUGGGCUUGCUUCCCUGACGCAUCUGAAACAGCUGCGACAGGAAAUCUUUCAGACCUGACUGGGACCGAGAAUGAGACUAAGAUUCCUCCCACAGGGCGGACGGGAGAAGAACCUGGGGGCGAGUCGGGAGGGAUGCAGCUGCUGGUGACGGGGGCGCGCAUGUGCGUGCCAGAGGUGCAGGAUGGGCCGCUGAUCACAAGCCUGUACCUGGCCGAGCUGGAAGAAGCCGUCAUUCACACGGGCAGCCUCAACCUCGCCCAUAAGCGUCUCUUCUCCGACAUGCAGGCAUUCAAGGCUGCGAAUCCGGGAUGUAUAUUGGAGGACUUCGUGCGAUGGUACUCGCCUGCUGAUUGGUCCAACGAUGCACCUUCCACCAGAAUGGGAGGUGGGGGAGCAGGAGGGGAGGAGAGUGGGCCUCAUAAGUCGACUGAGGAAGAUGGGCGUGAGGGAGGAAAUUGUCGCAGCAAGAUUGGAUACCUGAGCACACGCAUGUCAGCCCCAGACAACAAGUGGAGGCUGUAUUGGAGCGAAGCCAAGCCUGUGCCUGCCCUCCUGCAGCCGCCGCUCUUCGACGAGUGCGAGGCGGGGGCAAAGAGCUUGGAGUAUCUGGAGAGCAUCAGUCCUUCAGAGCUCUUCAUUCAGCUCUUCACCUGCCUUGUGUCUGUAGGGUGUGCUGCAGCACUUGAAGUGGCCCCCUUUGUGCGGGACGGAAGCAGCAAAGCCCGAUUGGACGAUUCCGUGAAGUACAUUUUGCAUGCGUGUGGGCGGCACAUGACACAGGACAGAAUACGUUAUAUCUGCAUGGUGUACGAGGCAAUGGAGCAGACAAUCUCCAACAACACGCAGUCAACUUCGCAAGGAAACACUUCAGCACCAUGCGGAACCGCACUUAACCCCGCUAGUGAUAGAAAGCUAUACAGCCAGCAGACCCCCUCUGUGUGGACCUACAUGCAUGAUGGUUACACUGGCUUGCCGUGUGGUGGAAAUGGGGACGAGGAUGGGGAAACUUUUGUGGCGCCUCAGAAGGACCCGGAGCUCUUGAAUCAGCAGACCCCCUCUGUAUGGAGCUAUAUGAACAACGGCUACACUGGCUUGUCAUGUGAUGGGGCUCCAGAAGCAGAUGAAGCUGUUGCGGGCGAUCUUGAGAGAGGGACAAGGGGUGGGUGUGACAGUAUGCACCAAGAGUGGAGUGCCGAGUUUGGUGAGCGUCAUGGUGAGUGUGGGGGGAAUGGGAGAAGGGUUGGAGAGGGGGGUGGAGGAGAGGUGGAGUGUGGAUAUGCUGUGGAUCAUAAGGGGAGUGUGUUUGGGUUUCUGAAUGGAGUCAGCUCGGGGCAGUACCAGCGUGUGACGAAUACUGAGGAGGAGAGGACUCAAGCUUCCUGUGACAACUGGGCCUGCUUCUAA